AAUUAGAGAAAAGCUUCAUCCAUAUCCUAAUUCUUCCAAGUUUCCUCCGUCAUGCUUUAACAUGAAGAAAGAUAAGAAAGAUAUCUUUCUAAAAGUUUUAAACAAUGUGGUGUUUCCAGAUAAUUAUGCAUCAAACAUUUCUAGAUGUGUUGAUCUUAAGAAACGCAAGAUCUCUAAUUUAAAGAGUCAUGAUUCCCACAUUUUGAUGGAGCAUCUUUUGCCAAUUGCUUGUAGAAGAGCUCUUCCUAAAGAAGUUACUUCAGUGUUGAUUGAGUUAUGUAACUACUGUAGAGAAAUAUCAAGCAAGGUUUUGGAUGUGAAGCAUGUAGAGAAUCUCCAGCAACGAAUUUGGUUGAAUCAUGCUAAUAUGGAAGCAAUUUUUCCUCCAUCCUUUUUCACUAUCAUGUUUCACCUGGUCAUUCAUAUUGGAGAGGAAGCAAUUCUUGCGGGUCCUGUACAAGGUCAUUGGAUGUACCCUGUUGAAAGAUGUUAAUAUAGAAACAAGGUUUAAUCGACCAAGGCGUAAUGAUGAUGACAAUGGAAUUA